CUCUGCCCGGUGCUGGGAGCCCACCGGGGCCACCCGGUCAGCCUCGUCGCCCCGGCGGCACACAGCAAACGGGAAAUGAUGGCAACAUUCUUGAAACAGUUAGCAUUAAGGAUGCAACAGGAGGUGGACAACACACAGCACAUAGAAGAAGCAAUGGUUGCAUUAAAGGAGCAUGCGUUGGCAAGUAAAGCCUGGAUGACGGGCAAGUUCACAGAGCUCCGGCUCCUGCUUGAGGAGGAGGAAACCUUGACCCACAGCUAUGUCAAUGAGAAGGCUGAAGAGACCUUGAGGGCCUUUGAAGAGCAACUCAAAGCCUGUGAAGGAGAAAUCAGUGCCAUUCAGAGUUUCUCGGAAAAGGUCAGACAAAUCCAACUCCAGCCUGACCCUCAUCAUUUGCUCAAGGGCUACGGUGCAAUAGAGAAGGAAAUGAUGCAGCAGAAGAUCCCUGCAGAAAAAUUGGUUCCUGUGCCCAUGUCAUUUGAAUACAUCAUAAACCACUUCAAGCGCUUCGCGGAGAUGAUUCAGUCCAUCCUGCAGAAGCCACUGAAAGCUCGGCUCAAGGAAGACAUUUUCAGUAGCCUUGACAGCACCUUGAAGAAGGAGCCAGGUACCUUGUUGAAAGUGAAUUCCUAUGGAGAUCGGUCACUCUUCUUGAAGUAUGCAAGAUCCCCCACCCUGGACAUCGAUAGUUUGCACCCUAGGUUGACCUUGUCUGAGGAUCAACUUUCAGCAAGUUGCUGCUGGAGGAGAAGGCUCUACCCCUGCAACCCACAGAGAUUCAACAAGCUUUGGCAAGUCUUGAGCCGAGAUUCUUUCUUUGCUGGGAGCCAUUACUGGGAGGUGGAUUUGCUCCAGGCUGGACAAGGAUGGUGGAUCGGGGCUGCUUACCCUUCUCUCAAGAGAAAAGGAGACUCUGAGCUGUGCCGGCUGGGAUGUAACCAGGCGUCGUGGUGUAUCAAAAGGUUUGAGUUUGAAUACUGGGCCUUUCACAACGGAGAGAGAAUCCUGAUUAAGACAGAGGAAGACCCCGAGCGCAUAGGGGUUUUCCUGGAUUAUGAAGCCGGGAUCUUAUCAUUCUAUAACGUCACAGAUGGGAUGGCACACCUGCACACAUUUCACUCCAGUUUCAUUGAGCCAAUUUACCCAGCACUGAGGUUAUGGGAAGGGACAAUAACUAUAUAUAGGAUAACAUAAGGGCUGAUUGCACAAGAAGAUAGAACAGACUUCUGAUUGUCAUCAAGGUGCUGAAGCUGCGCAGAUAUUCCAAGAGGCACUUCAGAUUUGGACAAGAAAAAUGAUGAUCACUUUUGAGAUGAUGAGUUGUAGUACUUAAUCACUUCCUCAAUGGCAACUCAUCAUGCAGGAAGACACUUGUAUGUGACUGUCUUUGCUGCCGUUUUACACAAGCACAAAUUUUUGUUAUGGGGAACAUAACUUUCCUAUUUAUUUUUCUAAACAAUUAAGUUUGUAGCAUUCAUAGCCAUUGCUGACACAUUCAUAUUAUGUCAGAUGAAAUUCCCAAGAUUGUGAUAUUUCUGGGAUCAAGAGAUGGGGUGCCGAUUGUUGUAUAAAGUGCCUUCCCCCCUUUUCUCUGUAACAAUUAGAAGCAAAAAUGUCACGCAAAAUAAGAGCUAGUGCAAUUUUUUAAAAAACGUACAUGUAGUCUUUGAUCUGGUUCUAGCUAUAGACAAUGAGUUCUCCAAAAAUAAUAGCUGCAAGUGGAGAAUUCCCAUCCUUCUCUGCACUAAGCCAGGUAAGAUCUCAAGGAAUAUCAUGGUAAAAAUGGCUGUAGGUCCUAACUGGGUAUUCAGCAUGAACGCACGUAGGGCUGAAAGGGCGUUGGGGCUGGGACACGCGUAUAACCCUAACAUUGACCCCCAUAAAGUCAUGCAGACCUUCCUGUGUUCAGCAUUAAAAUCUAUGCAGCUGUUUAUGCUUACAGUGCCUGUAUCAUUUUUCAUGAUGAUAGCAGUCCUAAUGUGACCUCCUUUGCUAGAUGGCUAAUUUACAGUAUUGUCAGGUGGCUUUUUUGUUUUUGCAGAAUUAGAGCAAAAUGAUCAUUUUUAGCACAGUACACCUGCAGAUAUAUUUUUGAAAAAUAACAUGUAGAAUCCAAGCAAUUUUACUGCUGACAUGUUUUUAUUAUGUGGCCAAAGCGUCUAGGUUUCCUUACAGCUGCAAAGGAACACCACAGGUUCCUGGUUCUGGAUAUGGGCCUGUAAGAUAGGAAGCAGGAGCAGCUCAGCUCCCCACAACCUUGCCAUGGCUUCAGGGCAUAGGUCUCUCCUCUGUUUGUACCUCUUCCUCCCCCACUCCCCCUUUUACAGUGCAAGUGACCACCUCUCUGAUAGGGUUAUUCUAGAGAGAAACAGGCUGUGGAACCAGAGGUUGGGAGUUGAAUUCUCCACCGUGGCUCCUAUCAGCAAAGCCAGUCUGUGUGGUCUUGGGCAAGCAGCACAGUCCCAGGGCACCCUCAGAAGGAGGGAAUGAGAAGCUACUUCUGUAUGUUCUCUGCUUGAAUACCCUGCAAAGGGUCACCCUAAGUCAGAACCGACUCAGUGGCACGUGAUUAUUAAUGAAACAGCACUUGAUGCCCAGAAAAGCUGAAAUGUUUUGGUAUCACUUGCUUAAUCUCUUUUCUUGUUUGUACUAAACAGAGGGAGAAAACUUUGAUGACCCUCUGCGGGCACGUUUAGCCGAUGCUGAUUCUGUGAGUCCCAAACCUGAUUGUAAUGGAACUCGAUAACAGAUAAAUGGCAAACAUGAUCGAGUUGCCCUGUGUGUGUUGGAAAAAAAUGUUUGCUUCGUAAGCAA